AUGGCUAAAAAAAGUAAAUCAAAAUCGAAGACAACAUCAGCAACAGAGAAAGAAACGAAACCACCGAAUACAGUAAGUGAACUUGAAGAUGAUGAAGAAUAUGAUUAUAUUACAGUUCCACCUGAUGGUGGUUUUGGUUGGGUCGUUCUUGUUGCCUGCUUUCUAAUUAAUAUGAUUAUUGAUGGGUUUCUAUAUGCUUUUGGAGCAAUUUCUGAUGAUCUUAAAAAACAUCACAAAUGUCAAGAAUGGGCUGUGUCUCUUGUUAUUUCGAUUGCCUGUAGUUGCUAUUUGCUCAGUGCACCACUCGCUUCGGCUCUAUGCAAUAAAUGGGGUUGUCGACCGAUUGGUAUUAUUGGUGGCAUUAUUGCAGCGGCAGCUGUUGCAACGUCUGUUUUUGCACCGAAUAUUCAGCUCAUGUGGUUAUUAUUUGGUUUCGUUGGUGGUAUUGGUAUGGGUCUUGUUUAUUUGCCUAGUAUCGUCAUGGUUGGAUAUUAUUUCGAUAAAAAACGUGCUAUCGCUACUGGUAUCGUUACUGCUGGCACUGGUAUUGGUUCGAUCGUAUUUGGACCUCUCUCACGUUUUUUAUUCGAUCGAUUCGGUUGGAAAAAUGGUCUUCUUAUCCUUUCUCUUAUUCUCUUGGGUUGUGUUAUUUGUUGUAUAUUCAUGCAACCUUUAAAACCGAUUCGCAAGAAACGUGCUUUGUCUGAUAUCGAGUUGUCGAGUAAUGUUAAUGCAGCUAAUCCAACGGUAACAGUUCCUUUGCUCAGUGAGAAGAAGGAGGUCGAUGAUAAUGUUGUAUCAUCAUCUACACAUCAUUCACAUGAGCAUGUGGAUAUCUGUUUAUCUCCGAUGGAACAGCGAUCUCGAGCUGAUACAACUGCUUCAACCAGAUCAAGACGAAGCAUCAAAGCUGAAGACGCUGUUCGUCCGUAA